AUGAAAGCAAUAUAUGCAGUGUUUUUCUACAUAUCGUUAGCAAUUGCAUUAUGUUCACCCAAUGUUUCCACGUUCUGUGGAAACGAUGAACAGAUAGAAGAUUUUAAAACGCUCUUAAUAAUUCACGAAUCCAGUUUCACGGCAAUGACAACAUUGAGUGCAAUACCUUUAACCGGUGCGGCGUUAACGUUCUUACAAGUGAUGUCAGCUGGUAAUUUUGCUUUGCGUUUGAACUAUGCAUUUGAUAAAAUGGAAAGUUCGUUGAAUAAAAAUCAUUUAGAUUACAAACAAUGUUCGGAAAUCUUAGAAAAAACAGAAAAAGCAUCCACAGUCAUCAAGUCAACUAGUCUUGGGUUCUCUCUUGAGGCAUUAAUACCGGGUGUCGGUGUGGCACCUUCACCUCCGAGGAUAGCUGAAUCAGCGGUAUCUGCUAUGUCACUUAUAAGAGACGGUUUAGACUUUUGGCAAAAGACCGGUUGCCAAAAUGCUACAAUAAGAGAUUGUUAUUUAUAG